AUGGUGGCUACAAGAAGAUCAUCUACUCAGCAUGUAGAUGUUGAACUAAGUCUCAACGGGAAAGAAGCCAAAAAAGUGAUCCCCAUUGCAGAACAGCGAAAAUCGUCUCUUAGAGAAUAUAGCAGCGAAAAUGACGAUAACGAAGAACCACCUAAACCUGUGAAGAAGGAAACAAGAGGAAGAAAAAGAAAAACUAUUACUACACACUUUGCAGUAACAGGAGAAUCCAAUGCACCUAAAAAGAAGACCACUACCACAAAAAAUGGCGCUGCUUUAGGCGGUCAUUCUAUCGAAAAUGUUGUUGACUCGUCAAAAUUUUCACAACCCCCUGUCGACACAAUAAAAAAAGUUGAAACUAGGGGGCGGAAAAGGAAAAACCCAGAGUCAAAUCCCAACACCACCACAACAACCACCACAACACCUAGAACAACUACAACUACAACAACAACAACAACACCUAGAGCAGCAAGCACAUCAAAGACAACAGCAUCCAAAACAACAAGCACAUCAGCAAGAGGAGUAAACACGAGACGCAAGUCUGCCAUUGCCUCGGCCCUGAAUGACAACAAUGCCAGUGCUGGUGUUGGUCGCAGUUCCAGAAAAACCGCCAUCUCAACGAAUAAAGGAGACACUAGCCUGGGAGUAGCUGCAUCUGCAACACAAGACACAUUAGGACCUAUUUCAUCACCUGCAAUUACUGGGAGUAACAUUCUUGCCGGCAUCAAUGUCAACAAACACAAUAUCAACCACUUGUUGACAAAAGACUCGCCUCCACCACUCGGUGGCUUAUACGGACGCCAUCCUGGUGGAGUAGGCGGUAUUGGUGGCCCUACAGUUGCCGUUACUAGCGGCGCUCACAAUAGCUACGAAAGGAGUACAUCACCAGCAAUGGCCAGUUAUCAACAGCAACAACAACAGCAACAACUUUAUCAGCAACAGCAACAUCUCCAACACACUCAACCAAACUUUUUUCACCAGCAACAACAACAAUCACAAAUCCACUACCAACAUCAUUUACAACAACCCCAGCAGUUUCACCCAGCUGGUACACAAUUGCCACCGCCACCCAUCACUACUACUCGCUCACAAACCAAUGUGGCAUCCCAACAACCUGGAGGACGUAUUCCAAUAACAUCCAUCAUUUCACAAAAGAUAGAUGCCCUGGAUAUCCCAUUGAUGAUGAUGGAAGAAGAUGACACUGGUCCAGAAGACAAAAAGACAAAGAGAAGGUAUCGCGUUGAUAAGGAUAAUAUCAAAAUCAACAAGAGAAUCAUGUCUCAAGAUACAGAGGAUGUGAUUAAAAUGUUUAAAAAAUUUGAUGACGAAAUAUUGACCAACCCAGAAGCAAGGCAACGUUUAUUAUCGUUAGGGUUUGAAACGAGGAAAAGGUACAUCACUACAUUCAAACAUUUUAUCAGAUUCUGUUGCAGAAAGAAAUUGGACAACUUUUUUGUCACGGGUGAAUUGAUGAAGGAAUUUUACCAAGAACAAUUUGCCAACAGUACCUCAUCGAAACCAGUGAUUAGAUUAAGAAAAAUGGACCCAGCAUUUUCCAAAUUGCAAGAAAUCAACUUUUUGGUUUACCAUUUAGAAAAUAAAGAGAUUCCAAACAGGCAUAUUGCUUUGGAGUAUUUGGUGUACAAAGAAAUUGGCAAGGAUAGUCCUCCUUCAUCUCAUUCGUCGGUUGAAGAAACUUCUUCAAGCGAGACAAAUUCAAAAAAGAAAAGAAGAAUGGUGAAGAAAAUAUAUAAAGCACAACAACUCUCUGGUGUUGCGCAAAAUGGAGGAGACGAGAAGCAGCCUACUGAAGCAAGCGAUAUAGAUGAGGGUUUGCAGAGUCAGGACCGUGCAGCAGCUAUUGGGGCUCCAGUUCCAGAUAGCAAUAAUCAAUUCCAACAGAACCCACCUUUUGCCUCAAGUCCAUUGUACCAACAGCAACCAAUACAAUAUGGUCAACAUUUGCAAACAUAUUCUCAACAAGCAGUUGCAAAUCUACCCCAUCACGAACAACUGCUGCAACAACUGCAACAACUGCAACAACAACAACAACAACCGGUGCUGCUGUUGCUGCUGCUGCUGCUGCAACUUCCACAUCAAUCGCCGCUGCUUCAAGAGCCACCCAUUUAUACUAAAAAAAUAACCAAGAAGAAUGUUGAAGAGAUUCGUAAAUCUUUUGCCGAGCUUCGUCAGGAAAUUCGAUACGCUUUACAAAAAACAGUUGCAGUUGAUCCCGCAUUUGUCCUGAGCUUAUCUGAUCGCAUCAAUGGCUCACUUGACCGAUUUGAGCUUGAAUUGAACGGACCACCACCAGCUAGACAACAGCAACUGGAACUGGGUGUCCCAAUUUAUGACUUGAACCAUGAAAUAUACACUGUAUUUGAGAUUGUUGAAGAAUGGUACAAGAUUGAUCCACCUAUAGCACAAAGAAUCCAACAGUUUGGCGAAGAUUGGAUAAGGGACGAGAUUGAUCACAACACAUUCACUGAAAGACGCUCGAUCGUUGAGUUUGUUGAGAAGAUGGCCAAAGAGUGCAAUGUGGAUAUCUACGUGAUUGCUAAUGAUUGCGAUCGAUAUAUCCGUGAUAAAUCAAUUUUGGAUGAGUUUAUCAGUGAGAUUGAAUUGGAUUACGAUGAUUUGUACAAGAGAAUAAUGAGAUAUAGACAAAGAAGAAGCUAA